AGCGCUCGCGAGCUCCAGACGUGCGAAUCCGGGUUUGGCCGUUCGUGUGUGCUUUUUGGGUGUAUCACGGAUAAUAGCAGGAAAAGGCAGCUUAUAGGUGCAGAAAGGAACACACAAUUAAGUCGUCCAUCGGUGCUAGCGUAGGUACGUUAGUGUAGUGAGUUUGAUAACCGCUGGAAAAUCGUGCCUGCAGUGUUAACAGGGAAUCACUACAAGUAAAAUCUGGGUGGACCUGAGCAAUAUUCUGGCCAAGGGCUCUUCUCCAUCACCGGGCCAAAGUCAAUGGAAUACACUAGAAGCAGUUAGUGUGUGCGGUUCAGAGGUGUUCGGUUCGAAUCUAAUUCCCGGAUUUCUUCUGGUGUGAGUACCGAAGCAGUCGUUCAUCGCCGCGCCUUAAUGUGUUAAAACAAAACAAAACCAAACUGCCAGUUAAACUGAUAUAAAUUUAGAAAUCCACGUCGAUUCGAAGUGCAAUAGGGAGAAGUGAGAGUAAAAUCACGUAAAGCAUUAAAAAACAACAGUGCGAUCGGGAAUCGAAAUCGAGAGUGAAGCAAGUAAAUCAAAUUACAACACGCUGUUUGUAGUCAUUCACUCGAACCCCGGGCUGCGUCUACCCACGCCUUGUCAGUCAGCUCCGCGGCUGCGGAAGCCGCCUUUAUUCUACCAUCCCUUUUCCAGCACAAGGAUAAUCAACACCUCCUCGAUUACCUCACCCGUAAAAGCCAGCAGCUAGAGUAAAACCCGCCAAUUCAUGAGAUGCUGUUGCAGUAAUAGAUCGUCAUGUUCAGUUUUAUUCAACUCCUGCAUACACAUUGAACCUCAGCGUGGCAGCAGCCGCCACUACAGCCAUAGACACAACCAGCGAUCGCAGUCGCUGAACCGAGGCCAAGCACUUUCCCGGGCCGAUGUGAGUGGGAUGUGGUGACAGCAAGGAACCUCAGGAGGACAGGCUGGAUGCCCAAGUUGCGCAAUGGGUAACAAACUAAGCUGUUCUUGUGCGCCGCUCAUACGUAAAGCAUAUCGGUAUGAAGAUUCGCCGUGGCAAGCAUCACGUAGACGGGACGGUCAUCUCCUGAGUGUGUUUAGGUUGUGGGCUGAAGUGUUUCACGUUUCGGCCAGCGGCGCUGGUACCGUCAAAUGGCAACAAGUGUCCGAGGAUCUGGUUCCUGUCAACAUCACCUGCAUCCAAGACUCCCCUGAGUGCAUUUUCCACAUCACAGCGUACAACAGCCAGGUGGACAAGAUUCUUGACGUUCGACUAAUUCAACCAGGAACACGAAUCGGCCAAGCAUCAGAAUGUUUCGUCUACUGGAAAGAUCCAAUGACGAGCGAUACCUGGGGUCUCAAUUUCACCUCCCCGAUUGAUGCCAAACAGUUCCGCGAAUGUUGUUCGCCUUCUUUCAAAUUUUCACGAAAGGCCUCUUCAAGCUAUUCACUAAAACUUGAUCCACCCGGAAAGGGCAAGGUAAAAACGAAAAGAAAACCACUUAGCACCCCGGCCAGUCCGUCGCGGGCCCGCGAACCGCAGUGCACCUGUAUGACGGCCGAACAGUAUGCACGCAUUCGGGCCCAGGAUCCUCGCUACCGGGGCUCGUCAACUUUGCCACGGGCUACCAACCGGGCCACGGAAACGGAUCAACUCAGGAGUGACAAAAUUGCCACGGCCACCUCCAGUACGUCACUGUACGACAACGUUGGAGCUAAUACUACUCAGGGAACCGCCAUCAAUACGCAAGAUACCGGAAUUCGGCAAACCAAAUCACAAGAAACCAGCACGAUGACCAAUGUCGGCACGGUCACGUCUUCAUCGGUAACGCAGAACCACGUCGGUUCGCAGAUCGGGCAGGACGACACCAACUCAAACAUGGGUACUCUCCAGCGCUCCGGCGAAGAAACAUCGAAGUCCGAAGGCACCCAAGCCGGUGGCACGCUGCAGCAAACGGAACGCUCUACUAAAACCACUUCAACCGGAACCGGAACACGAACGAAAGACUUCGGCGAUGAUAUGUCACGCGAGCAGCACGAUAUGCAUCACAACAUCCUCAACAAUAAUCAGGCUGCUAGAAGGAACAAAUCCAAAAGCACCGAAGAUAUGAAUGCCGACACAUCCACGAUGAAACGUAUGUUGAAACCAAUGCCAAGCGCGGAAAGCCCGGUCACAUCACCGGAAAUGGGACGUCGACGUUACAAUUACUAUAAUUCUGCAACAAACACGCCACACAUGCAUCAGCACACUAUUCACAAUGCACAUAUGUUAAACAAUAACGGCACUAUCUCACGUAACGCCAGCAGUCAAAAUUCCCGCUUUUCCGGAUCAAGAUCUUCGCAUGAAAUUGGACGAGGACAUCAGCACGGUUCUCGUGGACUUUAUCUGGAGCUGGAGCGAGAGCGUGGCUGCGUCGAGGGAUCACCACCCUCGGACAAUGUCAUGUUCGACAAUCAAUGCUACGCUACAACUCCCAGCUCGAGUAACGGAAAUUCCGAUCAAGAUCAGCCACCCUACGGCCGUCAAGGCAAUAGUGUACGGCAUGCACACCACCAUCAGAAUCCACCAAAUGUUACACCGACACCGGGAUCGCCAACGUCACGCCUACUGUUGGAGUACGAAAUGCAUCUCCGCAAUACAUUGGCCAAGGGAAUGGAUGCUGAGUCGUACAGUUUGCAUACCUUCGAGGCGCUCUUAUCGCAGAGCAUGGAGAAUUUAGAACUGGCUGAAAGCCUACCGGGUUCCACCCAGCGGAGUCCUUAUCCUAUUCGAAGAAGAUCAUCCGCCAGUGCCAAAUCAUCCACUCUCCCGCUGCCCCAUCGUUUGGGCCCAGAACGGCCACAACCGGUGCGCGAACGUGAACGGGAACGCGAUCGGGAUCGUGAUGGAUACUACAGUGACCGCAACGAGCUGAUACGAGAACGGGAACGGGAUCGGGACAGGGACCGCGGCUAUCUCAGUGAUCACAACUCCAACAGCUACUCAGCAGCAACCCGCUGUGCAUCCUGCAUUGGCGAAUCGGCUAGAGCUCAAUGGUUCCGUCACUCUGACGGCUGGCGGUCGGGUAGCUCGACAUUUGGCUCUGGCUCCGGGACUACUUUGGUUCCCGGCCAACCUCCAGCUGGGGCCACAGUUGGCGGAGGUCACAAGCGUUCGCCGUGGGAUUCCUUGCCUUCGUUGCGUCAGGACUCCAGCCUGAACGAUUCGGGCUACAAAAGCAACCGGGCAGACUCAUUCGAGCAAAGUUCUAUCUCGUCCAGGGGUGUGUUUGAUCGGCAAGACAGCCUUCGGUCGGACUACAUGAGCGAUCGGGAACCACGGUAUGGCAUCGUGCAGCAGGCAUCCAUCGACAGCACCGAUUCGCGGCUAUGCUAUCUGACAUCAUCCGAGAUUUCCGAUGAUGAUCGCAUGAGCUUGACAACGGCCGUGUCAGAUGAGGACGACGGAGAAAGUGUAAUGGCCUCACCUUAUAAAGCUAAGGCUACUGGCACCGCCGCGGCAUCUUUUAACUGUACUGGAGCAGUUCGGAAAGCAGGUUUCCUCUCGGUCAAGAAAUGGCUUCUGCGCAAAAAGCACCAAAUCGAGCUAGCCCGCAAGCGCGGCUGGAAGGGCUACUGGGUUUGUCUAAAAGGUACCACCUUGUUGUUCUAUCCGUGCGACUCACGCGAGGGCCGUUCGGUCGAAGCCGCUCCGAAGCAUCUGAUCAUCGUGGACGGCGCGAUCAUGCAGCCAAUACCGGAACACCCGAAGAGAGACUACAUUUUCUGCCUCAGCACAGCAUUCGGCGACGCGUACCUAUUUCAGGCACCCUGUCAGGUCGAGCUGGAAAACUGGGUCAACAGUAUACAUAGUGCCUGUGCUGCAGCGUUUGCAAGACAUCGUGGUAAGACUGGUACACUACACUUAUUACAAGAGGAGAUUUUCCGUUUAGAAAAAGCAAUAGAAUCGGACCACAAACUUAAACAUAUGGCCGAUCUACAACAGAGCGUGGUCACCGAUGCCGACACACGUCACCAAAUUCAACAGCAGAUCCUCCAGUGGGAAGAGAAUCUCGAACGACUACACUGUGAGCAAUUCCGACUGCGUUGCUACAUGGCUUCACUACAGAACGGGGAGCUUCCGAAUCCUAAGUCUCUCCUGACACAUGUCUCACGCCCGACGAAAACCACACUAAACAAACUGGGCGUCUUCACGGUGUCCUCGUUCCACGCAUUCAUCUGUGCGCGGUCUCCUUCGCUACUGAACAAUCUUCUAGCGGGUCGUGGGGCUACCAAACGACGUCCACCCAUUCUUUCCCGGUCUAACAGUGGCUCGAGUCGUCGGUCGAUGCAAAUGAGCAACCGCGACGAAACAGAAAAAUCGUACAAAGUUGCGCUCCCGGAGAACACCUUGGCCACGGUAUACCUGCGCGAUGGUAUGUCGGUGGAGGAAUUCCUCGCGAGCGCCUGCCAGCGCAAGAAUCUCAAUCCGAUGGAGCACUUUGUGCGGGUCAAGAAACGCCGCGAUAUGGAAGAUCACAACUACUUUGUUCCUCAUCGAAAUGAUCUGAUCGAAACAUAUCUACAUACUCAUGAAAUGGUUGAAGUUUGCGCUAAGAUUUUGUACCAAGUAGAAUUACAACGAACUACACUGGAGCAGAUGUGGGGUUUCUCGGUCGAAGCCGAACUGAUCGAAAACGCAGACCGACAGGAUGAACUCUGCUGCUACGUAAGCCGCGUCGAGGAUAAGAGCUUGGCUAUGCAGAAUGGGGUUAUUAAAGGUGACGAAAUUAUUGUGAUAAACGGCGCGAUCGUCUCCGAUCUUGAUAUGAUGUACUUGGAGAGUGUCCUCCAGGAAGAACAGGCCUUAUGUAUGAUGAUGAGAUCAUCACGUACUGAACCACCGGAUCUAGUGGGAAUUCUACGCUCUACCGAUGACAUCAUCGAGUCACUGGUAUGUCCUCCGCCACCUUCUGACCCGCCUGUUAUCAGCGAGGAAAUGAUUUCCGGGCUAAUCGUUCCGGCACCUGGAUGGCGACGUUCGUGUAUUUCAGGUAAGGAGAUCUACUCUCCAGAAAUCGAAAGUUCUCCGGCUCCGUCGGCCAACGAUCCACACAUGGACCGCUCGAAACAGUCAUCGCGUACCAGUAGCUUCGAAAUAGAACAUUUGCUCAAAUCGGCCGAACAGGUCACCGGAUUCUGUCGUUCACCACAAGAGACUCGCAAAUCCAGCCCAACGGGAUCGGUUGCUUCGAGUGUUUCGAACGCCAUGCUAACUCCCUCGCGCCAACUCACCGACGCGGAGAAACUUCGCAAAGUAAUUCUUGAGCUGGUCGACACGGAGAAGACCUACGUUAAGCACCUCAACAAUUUGCUGGAGUACUAUUUGGAACCAUUGAAGCGUGAAACAUUCCUAUCUAACGCUGAAAUCACGGCUCUAUUCGGAAACAUCCAGGAAAUAGUCACAUUUCAACGACAGUUCCUGAAUAACUUGGAGGAAGCUCUAGACCUUGAACCAGAUUUCCAUCAGUUGGAGCAUCCCAGUCAAUUCAAGAAUGUUCUAUUUGCUAUCGGUUCAGCUUUCCUGUACUACGUAAACCACUUUAAGUUGUACUCUUCCUUCUGUGCCAGUCACAGCAAAGCUCAAAAGGUUCUACAUCCAAAUGAAGGUAAUCAGGCACUUCAGGAAUUCCUAGUGGCACGCAAUCCUAAGCAACAGCACAGCAGUACCUUGGAAUCAUUCCUCAUCAAACCGAUUCAACGAAUCCUCAAGUAUCCCCUAUUGCUCCAGCAACUGCGUAAUCUUACAGAUCCGAACGCGGCGGAACAUCUACACUUGGUCGAGGCGCUAAAGGGCAUGGAGAAAGUCGCCGAACACAUCAACGAAAUGCAACGAAUCCACGAAGAAUACGGUGCCAUCUUCGAUCAUCUGUUUCGCCAGCAUCAGAAGUCCUGCAAGCAGCCGAUCGAUCUUAGUCCUGGUGAUUUGUUGUACUACGGAGGCGUCGAGUGGUUGAAUAUAUCCGACUUUUUGGGCAAAAUCAAAAAGGGACUCGAACUUCACGCCAUGUGCUUUGUAUUCAAAUCAGCGGUAGUUUUCCUGUGUAAGGAGCGACUGCGUCAGAAAAAGAAACUUAUGGGUGUCUCGAGUAAAAAUGCCACCAACGAGGUGGAAAUCAUCCGCUACCAGGUGCUGAUUCCCGUGACCGAAGUACAAGUACGUGCUUCCUCCGCCAAAGACAUGGACUCGCACUUCCUCUGGGAGCUGAUCCAUCUCAGAUCACAAUUACAACGAAGAUCGGAAAAAGUUUACGUGCUGUCGAAUAGCACUGGCGAUUUCCGCAAUGCAUUCCUGAAAACCAUUCGGCAAAUUAUUCGCGAAAGCGUUCGUAACAUGUCGAUUCCCUCAUUGAAGAGCAUGGGCGGUAGCAUGAGCUCUAUGACCGGUAUCGGAAGCUCCUCUGGAAACUCACAAACCUUGGAGCGUCCCAAGCAACAGCCUCAAAUUAUGCAAGGUUCGCAAACGCUCGGUAAACCCAAGAAGUCUAAAAUGAACCAACGCCAUUCCUCAGGAAACAUCGACUACGACAACACAACAUCCGGCAGCCAAGAAGCUGACGAUCCCCCAGUACCGCAGUACAGCGGACAGUUCCGCAUGCGUAGCAAGACUGUUGGCGAUGUAGGAGAGCAAGUUGCUGCCUGCAGAAGAAAUCUCAGUGAACGCGAAGUAGUAGAUAAAGCCGAUCCUGGGACAAAAUCAGAAGGCGAGGAUGACUCACAGCAUGGUACAGUAAAGCCUAAGUCCACCCUGGGUAAAACUCCGAAUCAUCUGACCUUGAGUACUACGUCAACAUUGUCCGUCGGAAGCAAUGGCAGCCAGGCACGCCUAAUACAGUCAUCGCACCCACCGGCCACGUACCAUCCGGUGCUGAUGAAGGAUCUAGGAUCCCCGGUGUGGAAGCCUAGAGACAUGAUUAGGUUAGGUGAUGCCCAGUCUUCUUCGACCGCACGUAAAGAUGAUUCUAGCAAGUAAACAGAUAAGAACAGCCAAUGAUGCUUUCUAGCAAAGUUUUCCCAGUAGACAGCAAAACAUAACAAUACAUUUACGGGGUUUCGAUUAGCAACGCGUUGCACCGGCGGGGCUAAACUGGCAACACGCGCCUUUAACCUGCCACAGAAAAAUAAAGUUACCGGAGGCUUAACUUUUGCUGACUACUGAGCGGAUUUUGUAGUCAUCCAACAAAAUGCCCGGAAAUGAUUGCACGUAGGGUUGGAAGUCAGCUCAUUAUAAUUUGUUUUUUUUUUUUUACUGUCCUUCUCCGACCGAGGGUUAAUAUUCGAAAGUGGGCGAUUUCCCGACAGGAAUCAAUAUUGUUAUAAAAAAAAAAAACUUACGCAUUCAAUGACUGAACGCGAUGAGGCAAAGCAACAUAUGGAAAACUUCCGAAUCUAGUAAAAAACAUAAUGCAAAUUACAUAGAAAAGUGAAUUUUUAUGAAAAAGAGCAAACUUUAGUGAUAAUUUCUAAUUACACGAUGUAGUUAAGUAUAUGCAAGUUUAUGAUUAUUAUUAUUAUUAUUAAAAACUGAGAGAAUAGAAAUACUAAUCACAAAGACACACUCACAUACACAAUGACAGAAACUGUAGUAAAUGAAUGUCAGUUAAAUCAUAUUCUCGAUACCAAUUAUGAAAUACAGUUGUUUAUUUUACUUUGUAUUUCUGGUACUUUUAAAAAACACAGAAAUGAAGAAAAUCUUGCAGCUAUAUUAGCAGUAACUGAACUUUUACCGCUAAUAUGAAGUACGAACAGUAGAGCGAACACAUGACUCUAUUCGAUUGUGAAUUCCUAUAUACCAUUAAUUUCGAGUCAUACAAGUUAUUAGACAAAAUGCAGUUAGAAAUAAAAUAUGAAACAUACAAGAAAGGGAAUUGAAUUUUAUAAAUCGUAAAACACAUUGUACACGUUUAAACCCCUCUAGACGAGACUAAUCAUCUGCCAAAGCUGGCACAUUAUCAUUUAUGUAGGAUGAAGAGAGAAGCGAUUACAUGAUUUUCUGUUUUCAUCCUUCGAACGAACGAUUAAGAAGAGAAAUUUCGAUAAUCACUAUCAAUUAAAGUAGUUAAUUAAAGAUUCUUCCUUAAUUGGUUCAAGAAAUUUUUCUAUAAAUCUAGCGGUUUUAGAUACAAUUGAGAAUAAAACAAUAACACACAAAUAAAAAACAACAAGUAUACCUUGAAUAAAGGACUAGAACUUUCCCUGAGUGCUUUCCGAAAUUUUUAAGCACUAAUCAACACUAAAAAUAUUGAUUCCCCAACACAAAAAGUCGAAAUGGCUAGGAAAAGAAAUGAACAGCUAAACAACAACAAAACACACAAAUAAUGGUGUAAUUUAGGAAAAGUCCUGUAACCCUGCAAAAGCCAUAGUUAAAAACACGAAUAUUUCCUUUUACAUAAAACUGAACUAAGCCAAGUAAAAAAAAUCAAACAAAACCAGACAACUGCACGCGUUCUUUCCCUCACAGAAGUAUUUAUAAAAAUAUACAUACGACAAAACCCAUUAUUGAAAUUUGAAAAAAAAAUAAAAUAAAACAAUAACGAGGAGGAGACAAAAUUUUUAAUACAUCCAAUAAAGAAAAGUAAUACAUAAACACGCAGUACCAUUUCAAGACACCCGGAAUGCGCGCGAUAACAUCACGCGGAACUUCCUCACCCGUUUACGAAACUAAUCUAGUGAUUUCCUAGUUUUACCAGUUCCAAAUCAUGUUACGCACGUCUUCAUCAGCACGAGUGAAGGCUACCAAAGUAUUUAUUCAAUUGCGUUCCCUUCCCUACCCGGUCCUGCUGAGGCUAGUUUUAAAACAGUUCGAUCGAAUAACGGUAAACAAUAGGAAUUUACAUCUAGAGCAAAAUGGAGGCGAAAUUCGAUGUCGUUGAGUUAAGUGUGGUUUGUUUUAGCUAGUGAAUGAAGAUGAGAUUGCGAAGAAUGUAGUUCCCACGUGACUUUAUAAUUUUAGACUUCCGAAUGUGAAAAAAAUCCAUGUUCACCUACGUUAACAAACUAAUCACAUACUUUCCUGAACAAAAGAAAAAAACUGAGACCGGAAGGCGAUGUGAGUCGAACAGUGAUUACAUUAGGAAUACAUUUAACAAAAUUCUUAUAAGAAAACAAAGAAAAACAAAUUAUCGCGAAAAAAAAUUGUUAAUCAAUCAAUAAUCUAUGGUUAUCAUACACAGAAAAACAACAACCACACAACUUUAUAAACAAACCAAAAUAAAAUACAAUUCAGUGGAUCUUUUUAUGGAGUAAGCCUAACGAACGUUCAGAAUAUGGUUCUUCAUUACAUCAGUAAACUCCUUCUUUGCCACGUAAGGCACGAAUAAAAAACCAACACACGUACACAAACACGGCGAAACACACACGAAUACUUUGAAACACUACCUAUCCUAAUUAAUCACUCUACUGUAUGAACACGACACCCAAAAAGCAAACAAAAACACGUCGAAAUGACGACUAAAGUAAAAAAAAUCUCCAAAGCCCUUUUUGGUUAGAUUAACCGCUAUGAAUACGAAUGCAACUACAGAAAGAGGGAAGAAAAACUAAAUUGUGCCAAUUAAUUAAAGAUGAGACAAAACGCAAAAACGCAUUGUUUGACGUUUGAAUGAAAAAAAAAUAAAAAGAGGAGUAGAACCUUCAUAGAGCCACGGAUCUGCUGCCCACAGACAGUCCCGAGAAUGAGGAAUGAUGUUGUUACCCAAUUGAAUGUGACAGCCAAACUUGCAAAGUUACUUUUUUUCAAUUGGUGCAAAAGUGGAAAAGUUGCCCCGAACGGGAUUGAAGCCAACAGAUGACAAAUCGAUAUGAUCCGGUUGGUGAAACAAGCGAUAACGAUCGUACCGAAAGAACAAUGCGUGUAGACAUGAUGAUUAUGAUAAUGAUAUUAAUGAUUAUGAUGAAGAUGAUGAUGAUGAAGAAAAUGGUGACGAGAGAAACUAAUUCUUGUUUAUUUGUUUUGUAACUUUUUGAGAUGUCUAAGUAUUCAAUAAAUAAAGAUAAUUAUACACAAACACUAA